GUAACAGAGGCUGUGGACGAAGUAGCUCACUUCCUCUUAGCUCUCUGUGUUUCCAGUUGAGUAAUAACUCCCGUUUAUUUCAGGGUUUGCUUGAGUUCCUGUUAGUUGAAAGCUAAUAUACAGAGUUAGUUUGAAAAUGCGGUACAGUGUAGUGUACAGUUGGUCUUAUCAGACAUAGUUAAAGCGAUUUUAUUUAUUUGAUCUUGUGCACCUGGAUAUAUCACAUCUUUAAAAGUCUUUAUUUCUAGUUAUAAAAGAAAUGUAUUUAUUCUUAGCUCUGUUUAUCCUGGCUGCAAACCCCUCCAUUUGUAAGGGCAAGGAUGAGAAAAAGUGCGACGUUGUCCCUAAAAAUAAUUACAUCGAAGUGGGAUCCGAUAUCAAUAUAACUUGUCUGACAUGUGGCCAUGGCAAAAUCUACUGGAGACUGAACACAUCACGUUUGAACUCCUCACACACAGUCCUGUCCCUGAGGAACUUCACACACCAAAGUGCCACGGUGCAGUGCCACAGUACAGAUUCUCAGCAAGUGAUCGGAGGCACCACCAUCAACACGUAUUCAAAACCCUAUAAUAUAUCAUGCAUCUUGCAUAAAAAAACUGAUGGUAUACCAGACCUGUUGACAUGCAAAUGGGAUCAUCGGAUUGAUCCUAAAUUGGAUGUAAACUACACAGUAGGCCCACUGAACUCCUCUGGCCAGAAAGAGAUGUGCAAAACACGUGAAACAACAUGCACGGUCAAAGGUGUAAGUGUGUUGUCGGACAUCACUAUUACCGUGAGAGCUAAAACUGCUGAUUGGGAAGUUGAUUCAGACACUCAUACAUUUCAGCCAACGCACAUAUGGAAAAUGAUCCCUCCCCGCUUGAAAGAAACCAGCAGCUUUGCUGAUCAUCUGUUGGUUGAGUGGGAUCGGGGACUCAUUAAAAAAGAGUGUCGAUGUGAAGUCAAAUACAACGAGACGAAGCUUAAUAAGGCUCUAAAAGAAAAAGAACAUGGGAAUAUGACCAUUGAACAAGUGGAGUCCUGCAGUUACUACACAGUUUCAGUCCGCUGUGCUUUAAUGGAGCCUGCUCCCUGGAGCGACUGGAGCCAGGAGAAGACAGUUCUGACCGAACUGAACGAGAAUAAUGUCAGGCUGCGUCUGUGGAGAAAGGUAGCUGAACCGCAGAAAAAUGGAGUUAGAAAAGUUCAUGCCAUGUGGAAGGAUAUUACUUCAACAUGCCGAGGCACAUUUACCUACACUAUUGAACCGACUCCUUACAAGGAAGCCAUGAUGGGAGGAAACUAUACGGAAACUUUAUGCGGCAAGUCAGACUGUGAUGUUGAAGUGAACCAAGAUGCACACAGAUUAAACCUCAACAUGUUCCAUAAUGAAACCCUGCUUGUUGUUGCCGCUGUUCAUGUCCCAGCAAUUGGAGAAAGCCUCCCUCAAGUUACCGACAUCCAGACCUCAGCCCUUGAAGGCGUUAUUCUGGUUACCUGGAAAGCUCCUAUCCAGCCUGUCAGUGGUUACAUGAUUGACUGGACCCACGAUGGAAAUCAAUACUAUUGGAAGGAGACCAAUUACACAAAUGCCACUCUGUCUGGUCUCCUGGAUAAGAAGCCAUACAAUGUUACAGUUACUCCCCUCUUUGUUGAUAAGACCGGUCAUGGCACACAAGCCCUACAGAUCUGCUCCAGAGUGGGGGGUCCAGGCAAUGUCACUAUCCACAUUAAUAAGACUAAUGCCAAAAAUGCUCUGGUGAGCUGGAAUGUGAAGUCCCAGGAGGAAUGCAGUGGUGACGUUGUCGAAUACAUCGUCUUCUACCGUAAACUGGACCGUCUGGAGCUGUGGCUCAAUGUGACUGUAAUUGGCACAGAGCAGGCCAUCCCUUUGGAAGAUCUGCUUCCAGACACCCAGUACGAAUUCUAUGUUAAGGCCACGGCUGCUACUGGAACUACCAAAAGCACUGAAAUGUUCUUUAAAACUAAAAGAUUUGGUCGGUGGUUCAUCACAACACUCGUUGUCUGUGGAGGCGUUGUUAUAAUUCUUGUGUUAUCUCUUGGAUUAGGCUGUGCUAUUUCGUGGAAGAAAUUCAGGGAGAAGCCGGUACCGAACCCUGGCUGCAGUUCUUUGGCGUUGUGGCCACCACGUGAAGAGGGAACGGGAUCCAUUUGGCAAUUCAACAAUCCAUCUGAGAGCGUCUGUGACAGGGUUUACACGGAGGAAAGUCAGAAAACGUCGACAUCUCCACUAGGUUCAGGUCUAAAUCCAUACCCAGCCAUUUACCAGACAGACGAAUACAUUGACCCAGACAUGGCCUCAGCACCAGAAACAGACCCUGAAGAGCGGCUCAAACCUGCAACUACGCAGCAUCACUCCUCUCCUAAUGACUCAAUAGAACCGCUUCUUCCUGAGAACAACCCCAGCAGCCCGUAUCGGAGUCAGACUUCUGGGGAAAAUCCGGGCAAGAGGCCUGAUAAACAAAAUAAACAUUCUCCAGUGAAACAGCCAGAUAGAAAAACACCUGUGAUGGUCUAUGUCACUUUGGACAUGUUUGAACAAAACCAGUGCAGGUGAGGGAAAUGGAAACUAUAAUAACAUUCCAAGAGUCAAGAAUCAUCUCCAGAAAAAGCAGAUUCUUGCGAAAUACUAUUGUUUGUUGCAUUACCGAUACAAACAUGUGAUAUAUAAAGCUAAAACAUUUGUGUAGAAGAUGCUUUAUUGAGUACAUAGAUAUGUGUACAGUAUGACAAUAACGGUAUAUUUAUCUGGCAACAGUUUCUGGUCUGAUUUGAUGCAAAGUCAAUGAAAGGAAUGCAUUUUUUUAAUUUAGUAUUUACAGUCAGUACUAAAUAUUAAGAAUACAUUCAUUUUAGGUCGUUUUUAUUUCUAUAUUGCAAUACAAUUGGGGCCAUCUUAUGAAGCUGAAAUGAUAUAAAGAUAUCUGUUUGUGCAAUCAUAGCAUGCUGAGAAUAUAUAUAAACGGUGAAAACUAUAUGUUGGUGUAAAAGUCAUAAUAUUAGCUAUAUAUUAUAAUAAUAUUGUCUUAUGUUUCCUGUUCUAUCAGUGAUAUCUGCAUUUAUUAUAAAAAAGUAAACAACUUACUUUACACUGGAAAGCUAUUACUCACUCCUUGUUUUACUCUUACUCUUACUUGUUUUGACAAUGACAUGUACUAUUCAUAAGCUAUUUAAUAUUAAAGAAAUGACAUACA